AUGGAACUUGUUGGAUUUAAGCCAGAAGUUAAAGAUGUUGUUUUCAAGUUGGCUUCAAUUAAUUUGUGUUCAGUUGUUUCAGGACAAGCAUUAAUGGAAUUAAUGAUUAAUCCACCAAAGGAAGGUGAUGAAUCAUAUGAAUUAUACAAGAAAGAAACUAAUGCCAUUCAUAGUGAUUUAGAAGAAAGAGCUGAAUUAUUAUACCAUGCUUUCCAAGAAAUGGAAGAUGUUAAAUGUAAUAAACCAAUGGGUGCUAUGUAUAUAUUCCCAACUUUAGAAUUUGAUCCUGAACAUUACCAUAAAUUAUACUCAAGAGCUAAGAAUUCAGAUUUACAAGUUGAUGAUGUUUAUUGUAUUGAAUUAUUGGAAAAUUCAGGUAUUUGUUGUGUACCUGGUAAUGGAUUUGGUCAAAAGGAAGGAACUUACCAUUUAAGAACAACAUUUUUACCACCUGGCAAAGAAUGGAUAGAUAGAUGGACUAAUUUCCAUAAAUCAUUCAUCAAAAAGUACAAAGAUUAG